CUGAACAGUAGCUGCUGGCGGAAGCCGAACAGAAGAAACCAACGCAACGAACUACGUAACUUCCUUUUACUCCGAGGCCAUAUUGGAGUGAUUUCGCUGUUGGCCGGUUCGGACUAAACCGCAAACAUGGUGGCCGCAAAGAAGACGAAAAAGUCUAUGGAGUCCAUAAACUCCCGUCUCCAGCUGGUGAUGAAGAGUGGAAAGUACGUGUUGGGCUACAAACAGUCCCAGAAGAUGAUCCGUCAGGGGAAAGCUAAGCUGGUUAUUCUGGCCAACAACUGCCCUGCUCUUAGGAAGUCAGAGAUCGAGUACUACGCCAUGCUGGCCAAGACCGGUGUCCACCACUACAGUGGAAACAACAUUGAGCUUGGCACCGCCUGCGGAAAGUACUACAGGGUGUGCACACUGGCCAUCAUUGACCCCGGUAAGGAGCUGCAGCCUCUCAUCCGCCCUGUUGAACAGAAGCAGCUAAUUCAGAAAUCACCUCAGGUGUUCUGUCGGGUUUUCACUGAGAAGUUGACAGCUGGUAUCGUCACCUAGAAAUGAAAUCUAGUAGAUUUUUAAGUCAGUAGAGUUCAACAUUAGUGUAUCAAUUAUUUCUAUACUUGCAUUAAGAAGAAUAAGCAAUUUUAUUCCAUGGUGUCAACUGAAACAUGUUUGAAUACCAAAUAUUUGCUUGUUGUUUACUCUGUAAUAUUGAUCUUGCUGGUCUGGGCUUAAGAUGCAGCUCGUUUCCUGUUUGGAGUCUAAAAAGAACAAAUUUUCUUUAAUCACUGUUCGAAAUGCUGCUCCAAUUCUCCUUAGACCAGUCGGUGUAUUCUGGAUCAAAUUCCAACCUUUUCAACACUUCUUAUUUUCAAAAAUAGAAGUUCAUCGUAAAAUCUUGAUUUAAGUGUCUUAUUGUUGAAGUAUUCACUGGUAACUUUAGGCCAGUGAGUUGGAAUUUCAAUCAGCCUUCAGCUCAUAGGUACUUGAUGUUUCUCCAUUUUGUAUUUUCUUCCAACCUCUGGAAUGGUCGUUUUCCAUUUUAAUUUAUGACUUUAAGGUUUUAUGUUCCAUUUUAAAGCCUUUCAGGUCAGUUUAGCUGAUCAACCAGCUUGAUUUUCUGCACUUUUUCAAAGUUCACUGUUCUUUGAACGACUCGGGUCUUCAGAACGGCUCAGUGUGACCAGCAGGAAAAUUUGCUGCAGUAAUUCCUAAAGAAGAGUCUCGCUUGUUGUCAUACAGUGAACAACCUCACUGACUGAACUCUGUUCUGCUGUAAUCUUGAACAGAUCACCGUCAAGUAAUGAUCCAGUUACAUGGAAUUAGCAGAACCAAACAAAACUAAUGUUUUUUUUUUCUAUUA